AUGUACGCUAUCCGUAGAAUCGGCACUAAACUUCGGUUCGCAAACAAUGUUCGGCAAAAGCACACUCUUCCUGACCUACCUUACGAAUAUAGCGCACUUGAGCCUGUCAUCAGUCGCGAAAUCAUGAGCUUGCAUCACAGCAAGCACCAUGCCACUUAUGUAAAUAAUUUAAAUGCAGCUGAAGAAAAGUUAGCACAGGCUCAAGCAAAAGCAGCAGACACGAACGCAACCUUGUCCUUAAUGAGUGCAAUAAACUUCAAUGGCGGUGGACAUGUAAACCAUUCAAUUUUUUGGCAAAACCUUAGUGACAUUCAAACAGUCAUCACCUUAGCCCCAGCACUUAAAUUCAAUGGAGGUGGUCACAUAAACCACACUAUUUUCUGGCAGAACCUUUCUCCCAAAGGUGGAAAACCAUCUGAUGCCUUAGUUCAGGCUAUUGAGAAAGACUUUGGUUCUAUGGAGAACAUGAAGAACCAAUUAGCUGCAUCAUCAGUUGGUGUCCAGGGUUCAGGCUGGGGUUGGUUAGGUUUCAAUAAACUGACAAAGAAACUAGUAAUUCAGACAUGUCAAAACCAAGAUCCAUUGGAAGCAACCACUGGGUUGGUGCCUCUUUUUGGAAUUGAUGUGUGGGAGCAUGCUUACUACUUGCAAUACAAAAAUGUCCGUGCUGAUUAUGUAAAAGCAAUAUUUGAUGUGGCUAACUGGCAAGACAUCUCAUCAAGAUAUGAAAAAGCUCUCAAGUGA